UUUUUAAAUGUAGCACGUAUGAUCUUGUGAUGUUAAUGUCGCUAGGUUCACAUUGUCGUAAAAGGGUGUUCUCAAGCUAGCUAAGUGACACCAACAAGAGCUGUCAACUUUCAAAAUCAAGUGUCAAGACUUCCAUGUCUGAACUCAAGUCCACAGAGUCCCUGGGUUCUGGCGGUGGUGUUCCAGCCCAGAGAAGCUCACAGCAGAGUCCAGAGAUGGUGUCAUUGAAGCUGGAAGACUGCAGUCAAACACUGGAACUCAAUGUGAUUGUCAAAGAGGAAUGGGAGGAGGGGAUACAAGUAAAAGAGGUUGAUCAGAGAGCAGUCAACGAGGAGGUUGAGGAGAGAGGAGUCAAAGAGGAAGUAGAGAUGGCAGUCAAAGAAGAGCAUGAGAGAACAGUCGAAGAAGAAGUGGAGGAGGAGCGAGCAGGCAAAGAAGAGCAGGGGGAGAGAGCGGUCAAAGAAGAAGAGCAGGGGGAGAGAGCAGUCAAAGAAGAAGAGCAGGGGGAGAGGGAAGUCAAAGAAGAAGAGGAGAACAGGGAAGUGUCUGCUCCAGAUCUAGAGGAAGAGGAGGAAGAAGUAGAUAGUAUCACUGACCCAGGAGAGAGCUACAACCCAGUUUCAGACAGUGAGCCCAGUUCCACAGCAUCAGGAAACCAUAAACAACACAGACGGAGGAACUCAAGACAGAAACAUCACCACUGCAUGGACUGCUUCACUAGUUUCUAUGAGCCAGAGGAGUUGAGAAGGCACACUUGUAGGCCCCACCCCUGUUCAGAUUGCAGAGGCAGUUUAAUUUGUCCAACUCACCUCAUACCACACAAAAAGACCCUCAAAAGAAAGAAAAUGAACUCGUGUGGUCAAUGUGGGAAAAGUUUUCGGACCCCAAGCAGCUUGAAGACACACCAGCUUACUCACAAAGGAAAGAAGUCGUACCACUGCUCCCAGUGUAGUAAGAAGUUCUGUCGCGUAGACGCCUUAAAGUCUCACCAGAGAAUACACACAGGGGAGAAGCCUUUCCACUGCUCCCAGUGUGGGAAGACUUUUGGUUCGUCAUUCAAUUUGAAGCGACACCAGAAAAUACACACAGGGGAGAAGCCUUUCCACUGCUCCCAUUGUGGGAAGAGCUUCAGUGAUGAAGAAAGUCGAAAUAAACACCAAAGAAUACACACAAGAGAUAAGACUUUCCACUGCUCUGAGUGUGGAAAGAGCUUCAGUAAGGGAGGAAAUCUAAAGGAACAUCAGAAAAUACACACAGGGGAGAAGCCAUUCAGCUGUGAUCAGUGUGGGAAGAGUUUCAGUCAAACAGGAGUCCUAAAGAGACACCAGCUAACUCACACAGGAGAAAAAACAUUCAACUGCUCCCAGUGUGGGAAGGGUUUCAGUCAGUCAAAACUUCUGAAGGGACACCAGCUAACGCACACAGGAAAGAAGCCUCACCACUGCUCUCACUGCGGAAAGAGUUUUAAAUUGGAAGGAAGCCUUCAGAGUCAUCAGAGAAUACACAGUGGAGAGAAGACCCACCACUGCUCCCAAUGUGGGAAGAGCUACAGUUGGGUAAGAGACCUAAAGAAACAUCAGAGAGUACACAAAGCGGAGAAGCCUUUCCACUGUUCCCAAUGUGGGAAGCGCUUCAAUGAGAAAGGAAAUCUAAAGCAACACCAGAGAAGACACUCAGGAGAGAAACCAUACAGCUGUGAUCAGUGUGGAAAUUGUUUUAAAUGGAAACAAAGCCUGAAGGAACAUCAGAAGGCAAAGCACAGUGCAGUGCCAGACCAUGGCCUUAUAAUUGUGUUGCCAAGCUGGGCAUCUACAUAUCUAAUUAAUAUUGACACUAACCAGAUUUCCAUCGAACCUUUUUAGGCGAAGUAAGUUAAAAAAAUGUUAGAUUUUUAUUUGUUACAUCAAAACUUAAGUGGAAAAGUAGCUUUUAUGUGCUCUCUGUCAUCAUGCACAGUUUUUAAUCUGUCUGUUUGGUGGAAACACCACUGAUGGGAAGAUGCAUUUUGUUGAUGUGGAUUUUAGAAUACUCACAUGAAAAUCUGUCUCCAAUUGGAUGGAAACCUAGCUAGUGUUGCACAUUUGUUAGGCCAAAUAGAUGUAACAAUAUGUUGAAUUAUGCAAAAGAGAGAGACUUCUGACAACUAAGUGACAACAGGUAUGAAGAUAUAAGAUAUACGAUUCAUAAAGAAGGAUUAUGUGAAUUUGCUCAAUGCGUGCGUGUAGUCCCCCACUAAGAGCCAUGUACAGUCUACAGAGUUGUUCUGUGGGUGUCACUGAGUAGGCUGAUAACCCGUUUCAUUGAUCCACAAUCCAUAGGUAAGGCUGUACAGUGCAGUAUGCCCCCUUGAAGUUUAAUACAACCACAGAUUUUUUUAUAAAUGUUUAAUUAAAUUAACUAAUAGCGGUUCCAAGCACAGAGAUCCUAUUAAAUGAAUUGAGGGGCUAAGUCAUAAACCCUACAAAAUUCCAGAAUGGUCCGAAACUGGCAGCCGUUUUGGUCAGGGAGAAUCCAACCCAGUCUAAUUAGGGCUCCUGAGUGGCACAGCGAUCGGAGAUACUGCAUCUCAGUGCUAGAGGCUGAUUCCAGGCUGUAUCACAACCGGCUGUGAUUGGGAGUCCCAUAGGGUGGCACACAAUCGGCCCAGCGUCGUCCGGGUUAAGGUUUGGCCAUCAUUGUAAAUAAUAAAUUGUUCUUAACUGACUUGCAUAGUCAAAUAAAGGUUAAAUAAAAAUACAAUUAUUGGUAUGAAUGGCAGUAGAGGCAUAGGUGAUGCAUUUCCUGCUUUUACUUAUACAGGAAAAUACAAUUUAAGGCAUGUGAUAUCAGAAAUUGUGUAAUAGAAUUGUCAACCUAAAAUAUUUUCAUAAAUUAUAAAAACGGUUCAUAUGGAUUUUAUAAAAAAAUUAUUAUAGCCUCUAAAAUAAAUGUAAACAGACCAUAAAUGUCUCAAUUUGUGUUUUCAAGCUGUGAGUGCAAUAUUAUGAUACAAUAUCAGUACUUGUUUCAUUUACAACUUGUCUAAGCCCUGUCAUCAACAGAUUUCAGUCAGUGUAUGACUGUGGAUUGACUGUAUUGUUUGAAUGAAAUGUUGGCAUAUUGGUAGUUAUUUAGAAACAUUUAUGGAAUCAUUCCUCUAAAACUGUCUGGCUAGCUAGCUAACAAACGGCAGAUAAUCGUCAAAUUCAUUGUUUUACACAAUAUCUUAUCACAGCACUGGCAAACCAUGGUUGACCAAAAUGGGCUGACCAUUUAUACCAUCAUAAGAAGGUUCAUUAUAUUCUAGUAUUCCAAUUCUUAAUUCUAUGGUUCCAAGCCCUUUCUAUGGAUUAUAUUUCUAUGGUAUUGUUCCUCGGGUUCUCUACCUUCCAGGUGGUGUGAUAGGUUGGUUUAUCAUUGUGUGGGGCUGCUUUGGCAUGAGUCUGAAUGGGAACUGUCUGUCUGACAUUGACCUAAUCAUAUCACUGGUACAGUGCAUUCGGAAAGUAUUCAGACCGCUUCACUUUUUCCACAUUUUGUUAUGUUACAGCCUUAUUCUAAAAUGGAUAAAAUAAAAUCCUCAAAUCUACAUAAAAUACUCCAUAAUGACAAAGCGAAAAACAGGUUUUUCGAAAUGUUUGCAAUUGUAUUAACAAAUUGAAACCAUAAUUUAUUUACAAGUAUUCAAACCCUUUGCUAUGAGACUCAAUUGAGCUCAGGUGCAUCCUGUUUCCAUUGAUUAUUAUUGAGAUGUUUCUACAACUUGAUUGGAGGAGUCCACUUGUGGUAAACUCAAUAGUUUUGACAUGAUUUGGAAAGGCACACACCAGUCUAUAUAAGGUCCCACAGUCCCACAAAACCAAGCCAUGGGAUCAAAGGAAUUGUCCGUAGAGCUCAGAGACAGGAUUGUGUUGAGGCACAGAUCUGGGGAAGGGUACCAAAACAUUUCUGCAGCAUUGAAGGUCCCCAAGAACACAGUGGCCUCCAUCAUUCUUAAAUGGAAGAAGUUUGGAACCACCAAGACUCUUCCUAGAGCUGGUCACCUGGGCCAAACUGAGGAAUCGGGGUAGAAGGGCCUUGAUCAGGGAGGUGACCAAGAACCCGAUGGUCACUCUGACAGAGCUCCAGAGUCCUUUUGUGGAGAUGGAAGAACCUUCCAGAAUCACAACCAUCUCUGCAGCACUCCACCGACCAGGCCUUUAUGGUAGAGUGACCAGACGGAAGCCACUCCUCAGUAAAAGGCACAUGACAGCUCACUUGGAGUUUGCCAAAAGGCACCUAAAGGACUCUCAGACCAUGAGAAACAAGAUGCUCCGGUCUGAUGAAACCAUAAUUUAACUAUUGGGCCUGAAUGCCAAGCGUCACGUCUGGAGAAAACCUGGCACCAUCCCUACGGUGAAGCAUGGUGGUGGCAGCAUCAUGCUGUAGGGAUGUUUUUCAGCGGCAGGGACUGGGAGACAAGUCGGGAUCGAGGGAAAGAUGAAUGGUGAAAAGCACAGAGAGAUCCUUGGUGACAAUCUGCUCCAGAGCACUUAGGACCUCAGACUGGGGUGAAGGUUCACCUUCCAACAGGACAACGCAGGAGUGGCUUCGGGACAAGUCUCUGAAUGUCCUUGAGUGGCCCCGCCAGAGCCCGGACUUGAACCUGAUCAAACAUCUAUGGAGUGACCUGAAAAUAGAUGUGCAGCGACGUUCCCCAUCAAACCUGACAGAGCUUGAGAGGAUCUACAGAGAAGAAUGGGAGAAACUCCCCAAAUACAGGUGUGCCAAGGUUGUAGCGUCAUACCCAAGAAGACUAGAGGCUGUAAUCGCUGCCAAAGGUGCUUCAACAACGUACUGAGUAAAGGGUCUAAAUGCUUAUGUAAAUGUGAUAUUUCCGUUUUUUUAAUGGGUUAUUGUGAUCAAUACAUUUUUCCUCAUCAAUCUACACACAUUGAUGAGAAAAAAAACUAAAAUGUCAUUAAUUUUAGAAUACGGCUGUAUUGGGUAACAAAAUGCGGGGGAAAAGUGAAGGGACCAGGCAAGACCAGGUGUGAAAAAAAUGUAUCUUUAGAAAUAAUUUACAGAACACCUGGAGAUUAUUAUUCCCAACUACAGAAGACGACUCCUUUUUUUCCUCAAAGUCAGAAAAGCUUUUCAAGAAUUGACUACAUUUUUAUUUCCCAAAAUGCACUCAACAAUAAACUGGAUUCAAAAAGGUAUGAUAUGUGUUCUUUGAAAAUGUAUUCUGACAUGUUCAAUCUCUCCCUAGCUCAGGCCUCUAUACCCACCUGCUUCCAGAUGUUCACUGUGCCCAAGAAAGGGAAAGUAACUGAACUGAAUGACUACCGACCGGUUGAGAGGCCUAGUCAAAGACCAUAUCACCUCCUCCCUCCCCGACACACUCGACCCUCUCCAAUUCGCCUUCCGCCCUGACAGAUCCACGGACGACGCAAUCUUCAUUGCACUGUACACUGCCCUCACCCACCUGGAAAAAAGGAAUGCAUAUGUGAGGAUGCUGUUCAUCUCGACGACAGCUCAGCCUUCAAUACCAUAGUGCACUAUCAGCUCGUUACAAAGCUCACAGCCCUGGGACUGAACUCCUCCCUAUGCAACUGGGUCCUGGACUUCCUGACAGUCCACCCCCAGGUGGUGAAGGUAGGCAACAUUACCUCCUCGACACUGAUCCUCAACACAGGGGCCCCACACGGGUGCAUCCUCAGUCGCCUCCUGUAUUCCCUGUAUUCCCUGUAUACCCAUGACUGCGUGGCCUCAGUUACAACUCCAUCAUCAAGUUCUGAUAACAUGACAGUAGUAAGCCUGAUUACCAACAACGACAAUACCGCCUACAGAGAGGAGGUAGGCACUCUGACAGCGUGGUGCCAGGUAAACAACAUCUCCCUCAACAUAAGCAAAACAAAGGAGCUGAUUGUGGACUUCGGGAGGAACCAGGCUGGACGCGCCCCCGUCCUCAUCAAUGGGGCCGCCAUGAAGAUGUCAUUAACUUCAAAUUCUUCGGGGUACACAUCUCAGAUAAGCUGAAACGGUGUAACCACACAUACAUCAUGAUGAAGAAGUCACGACAAGGACUCUUCAACCUCAGGAUGCGUAUGGAGCCUACUUUGCGGGUUGCAUCACGUCCUGGUAAGGCCACUCCACUGCCACGGACCGCAAGGCUAUUCAGAGGAUGAUACAUGGAGCCGAACGCACCAUUGGGUGCCCACUGCCUGCCCUACAGGACACCUACAACACCAGGCCAAGAAGAUCAUCAGGGACCCCAGCCACCCAAGACAUGUCCUGUUCUCCCCGCUUCAAUCACUCACAGACGUGGGCAGUACAGGAGCAUCAAAGACUGGCCAAUAGCUCCUACCCUCAGACCAUCAAGCUGCUGAAUAGCCACAACUAGUCAACUACAUUCCACCCCCCCAUUUAUAUUGUUGUUUUUUUAAUGACCAUUUUCAUGAUUUUAUUUCACUUAGUCCUGUAUGUUGGAGCUCGAAGCCUAAGAUUUUCACUGUACCCUGCAAUCACACUUUCAACCCUGUACAUGUGACAA